AGACCACCUAAACGCUUCAGUAGUCAAAUAUAAAUAAACACUGCGAGGGUCUGUGAUUUGAGAUGAGGAGAUAAGAAGAGGACUACAGUACUUACAGAUUACAGUAACUCGCGGAACUCUGUACAAUGUCAAAGGAAUCAAACAAGCAGAAGUCACCUAAGUCACCCAUCUCACCCAAGAAGAUGAUGCGACAGAAACGAGACCGGCGUAAAAAGAGCCUCUUACGAAAGGCCUACGAAUACAGCAAGCUGUGUGAUGCUGACGUCUGCCUGGGUAUUCGCAUUCGAGAGUCUGGCCAGGUCACUACAUUUCUCUCCGAUUCGACAGGAUUCUGGUCAGGCCUUUCCUCGCAACUAGAAAUAUACUAUCCACGGCCGACUCAGAAAACGGAGAAGGAUUUUGACUCCAAUCCUACAACUGAUGAGGAUAACUCAGCUGCAGCCGAAGACGUCAAAGGGGGAGAACAAUGA